AUGUCACAAUCACGGCUUGCGCGUCUGCCACCGUGGAUCAGUCACUGGUUAGGCUAUCGGGCCAAGCCUCCGGGCCCGCUGCCCAUGUGGAAGACGAAUGCCUGGUCAUUUAUCUCCGCCUUCGCCGGCCUGACCGUCCUCCAAGUGAUUUUUAACUAUUCCCACUAUUUCACCUCGCGCCAUGUGCCCGGCAUCAUCGCCUCCUAUGGUGCAUCGGCGGUGCUCGUCUUCGGCGCCAUUGACAGUCCCCUCGCUCAGCCGCGCUCCCUGAUUUUCGGCCACUUUCUCAGCGCCCUCACCGGCCUAUGCAUCACCAAACUGUUCAGCCUGAUGCCCGACCAGGAGCGCUUCGAUUCUCUCCGCUGGCUGGCCGCCUCCCUGUCCACCUCCACCGCCAUCGUGGUCAUGCAACUCACCAGCACCACCCACCCGCCCGCCGGUGCUACGGCGCUGCUGCCCGCCACCAGCAUGGAGAUCUGGGCGCUCUCGUGGUAUUACCUGCCCAUCGUCCUGCUCUCGUCCACCUUGAUGAUGUUCUGUGCGCUGCUCUUCAACAACAAUAUGCAUCGUCGGUAUCCGAGCUUUUGGUUCACCCCUUCCCCUCCACCCACGACACCCAAGGGCACGGAUGAAAAGGCCGCGCCGUCGCCCCCGUCGACGCCGGAUGGCCCUGUGCCUAGUGGGGCACCGGAGAGGAUGGACUCCAGGCUGUUCGAGGACAAGGCGUCUGGGGAUGCCGUAUGA